AUGUUCAUGGCUAUUCACUGCAACACAUUUCCCAUUUCCAUCAAACCAUGCAGAACGAGAACUACACUUUCGUCUCCAUUGUCAACCACCCGUUUAACUUCAGUUUCUCACAAUCCGAACCGCAUCAAUAACGUUGCGCUCAAGCUCUCAACUCCCAGCCCCAGGUUAAGUAAGGUUGUUUCUGCUGUGACUUCCGAAGAGAGUGCAGUCGGUUCAAUUAAUUCUGGUACUGAUGUGUUUAAACUCACGUACUUAGAGGGAAAUAGUUGGUUGUGGGAUGUUGGUGGUUUGAAAAUUUUGGUUGAUCCAAUCUUGGUGGGCAACUUGGAUUUUGGAAUUCCUUGGCUUUAUGAUGCUGCCAAGAAAUUUUUGAAGAAUUUCCAGCUUAGUGAUCUUCCAGAAGUUGAUUGUUUAUUGAUUACACAAAGCCUUGAUGAUCACUGCCAUUUAAAGACGUUAGAGCCGCUUUCUAAAAUGUCUCCAAAUCUUAAGGUCAUUGCUACUCCUAAUGCCAAGCCAUUGCUGGAUCCCCUUUUUAAUAAUUUGGUCCAAUUCUAGUUAAUGAAAUUGAAUGGCAGUUGAAAUAAAAAUGAUAAAGUUAAUUGAGUUCUGUUCUUGUCAUAGGUUUUUCAAAAUCUUGCUUCUGUGUAGUUCUUGCUAAUGACAUUGUUGGCUGUUUGAAUAUAGUUAUAAAUUUUGCUCCCAAUGGCUAGUUUUAUCAUUCAAUGUUGAGGAACUGUAAUGAGUUUUCCGUACAAACUGAUGCCUUCUUGAUGAAAAAGAAGAGAUCUCUUGUUUAAUUUAAUUUACAUUAUGCCCAGUAGAUAGAUAAAUGGCUGGGUGGUUAACCUCACUUUGGCCGGUAUUAGCAAUCAUUAUGC